GGGCGGGGGUAAAGAAAAUAUAGGUGUGUCUCCAACAGGACUUAUUCAAGGCUAAUCUUUUUUGCUCUGUGCAGACCUCAGUGGGUUUUCGUUUUUCAUGUGUGGCGUCCCUUAACUCAUGGCUCGGCUCUGCUACACAGAGGGGCAGCUGCUUCUGCUAGUGCUGGCGUUGGUGCUCAGCGCUGAGGCAAGAGACAGGAGGCCAAUGACACUGAGGAGGACGAAGAGGGAGUGGAUCCUUCCUCCUACUAAGCUGAUGGAGAACACAGACUACACCAACACGGAGUUCAUUGCCAAGAUUCACUCGGAUAAACAAACAAAUAUGGAGGUGAAAUAUUAUCUAUCCGGACCAGGAGCUGACAAGCCACCCUUCAACCUAUUUGUGGUGGACUAUAUCACCGGGUUUGUACGCAUCACUGCUAAGCUGGACCGGGAGAAAACUCCAUUCUUCAAUCUAUCCGGGAGGGCUAUAUUCACAGAUGGAACAGCAGCAGAGGAUGACAUCCCACUGAAUGUCAUAGUCCUGGACAUGAACGACAACACUCCUUAUUUUGAACUGCAUACUGGCAACAUCAGUGAGGCAAGCAAAAAAGGGACCUUAGUUAUGCAGAUCCAGGGGAAAGAUGAUGACGAAGCUGGAACAGAUAAUUCAAAGAUCUCCUACUCCAUCGCCAGCCAGGAGCCACGAGGCACAGGUCACAUGUUCACUAUAGACGCAGAGACAGGCCAAUUGUACGUCAAGGAGGCCACCCUGGACAGAGAGACUUGUGACUUCUACAAACUGGUUGUACAUGGGAGUGAUCUGGGAGGGGCACCAGGGGGGCGAACUGGGACAGGAACUGUGGAGAUCAGAGUCCUGGACAUCAAUGAUAACAUCCCCACUCUGGAAAAAUCUGAGUACAAUGGCAACGUGGAUGAAAAUGUCGCUGACGUAGUUGUGAUGAGAAUCAAAGCUCUGGACAAUGACCUUGCGCACACAGACAACUGGGUGACUGUCUUCGAGAUCGCCAAAGGAAAUGAGAAUAAUCUCUUCUCCAUUGAGACAGACAGAAAAACCAAUGAGGGCAUCCUUAAGCUGAUUAAGGCCGUGGAUUUUGAAAAAGUCAAGAAACUUGAGCUCGGCCUGGUCAUUAGGAAUGUAGCUCCUUUUGUGGAGGGGGAGGCUUUACAGAUGGAUGUGGACGUUCAGGUUGGAGAGGGUGGUCCUCUGGUUCCCGGAGCCAGUGGCGCAAGUGGAGCAGACCUGGGGUUGGAUGCAGGUGGGGAUGUAGGUGUCGGCUUGGGCCUAGAUCCUGGCCUUGAAGGAGGACUUAAGCCUGGAGUGGGUGUUGGACUUAAGCCAGGUGUCAAACCAGGUGUCAAACCAGGAACAAAGCCUCCGGCAAAAACCUAUCCCCUUAAGAUAGCAGUGAAUAACGUGCCAGAGGGUCCUGCAUUCAUCCCUGACACCAAGAAGGUUCCUGUAUCAGAGGAUCCAAAGGAAGCACCCAAGGAUGGCGUGAUCACAGUGUUCACUGCUGUCGAUCCAGACACCGGAAAAACAGCUGAAGAUGUCAGUUAUGCCAAAGCUUAUGAUCCAGACAAAUGGUUUACCAUUGAUAAAGAAACAGCUGAGAUUAAACUCAUCAAGGUACCAGAUAGAGAGUCGCCGUUCUUGGUGAAUGGUACCUACAUUGCCAAGAUCCUGGCCAUAACCAAAGACAUGCCGUCAAAGACAGCCACGGGAACAAUAGCCAUUCAAGUGCUCGACCACAAUGACCACUGUCCCACCCUGACCACCACCCGCAGCACUCUCUGCUCUGAUGUCAAAACUGUUAAUGUUACUGGCUUUGAUGAGGAUGUGAGUCCCAACGCGGCUCCAUUUACAUUCAGAAUCAUACCUAAAGGGACACGAGGCAGCUGGGACGUAGAAGUCAUCAAUGAGACGAGUGCUGCUCUUCACUCCCGUGAGGCGCUGUGGCCCGGCUCAUACCAGCUGCAGGUGGAGGUGGUGGACGCUAAGGGUCUGUCUUGCCCGGCCAAUGAAAUUUUUACUGUGGACGUUUGUACCUGUGUGGACACAGGGGACUGCAGGGUAAAGGCCGCCAGACUAGGAAGUACUUCCUCCAAGUUCUCUGCCUCAGCUAUCGGCCUGAUGCUAGCGGCAAUGUGCUUACUGCUGUUCAUCCCGCUUCUCCUGCUGUUCUUUCAGUGUGGAGGAGCAGGCACCAUCUUUCCUGACCAAUUUAGUGAUCUGCCAUUUGAUGCCAAAGAACACCUCAUGUCCUACCACACUGAAGGCAGAGGCGAGGAUAAGGAAGUGCCACUCCAAAGUGUUCCAAUCAAAUUGGGUACUCGGGAGAAAGUUUGUGCACCAGUGCCAAACUUCAACACGUUUCCUUCCAAAACAACAGGAAAUCAGAAAACUUCAAUCUAUGAUGAAUCUGUGUAUAACAUUCAGGAAAUCAGCCAAAGUUUUAUAGAGGUUGACAACAUCUACCGGUUUUCAAGGGACAACUAUGGCAAUGGCGGUGCUGCAUUCGGCAUGCAACAAUUUGGUGUCCAACACACCACAUCUCUGUUUGAUGAUAUAGCCCUAUCUGACGCUUUUCUCAAAGAUUACUACUCACAGAAAGCGAUGUGUGCUGUCCCACUGAACGAUGGCCUUUUGGAGUAUGGUUUUGAGGGCCAGGGCUCCUCUGCUGGCUCAGUGGGCUGCUGCAGCCUCCUGGAGUCUGACAACGACCUACACUUCCUCGAUGACCUCGGGUUUAAAUUCAAGACCCUGGCUGAGAUCUGUUCGCCUCCUACACCAACACCCACACCCGUCCUGACACACACAAUGGCAGGUGCUGUCAAAACCACAGUCAAUAUUGUUGAACCUGUCGUUAAGCCCAAAAUGGAGCGCAGUGUUGAAACAAAGCAUAUCGAUAUAAAGACAGAAAAGGUCAUGUCAUCUACUAACAUCUCUAAAUCAUCCGUCAGAACUGUAAGCACUGCCCUGCCACCCAUGACACUUCCUCCCUCCAAGGUUACUAACAUCGGUCAUUCCUCUAACAUCAGUCAUUCUGCUUCCCUGCCCCGUCAAACCCAGACAGUCAUACUUCAGCAGCAGCCAGUUUACUACACCACCAGCCCUGUACUGCAGCCCAUGCACUAUGUAGUUCAACCACGCCUUCAGAACACGGUUCUGCUGGCAAGUGGGGCCCCUAGAGCCAAUUUACCAGGCAUGUAUGUAGUGAGUGGGUCCCAGAGUACUUCUUCUGGACUCCUAAUCAGGGGACCCCAAGGCUCUCCUUCUGGGCCAGUUAUCCAGAGCACUCAGAGCCCAAAAAGCCCUUACAGCCCUGCCAGUCCAGUAAGCCCCUCCCUGUUGCUACCUGGUGGACCAGGUGUGCCUCAGGUCUCAGUCCCUGCGGAGGGCUUGAAAAUAGUAGGGCCAAAUCCUGAUGGUACUUAUAUGUUAGUUAAAGAAAAGAGUAGUCUGUGUGAGGUAGAGGGGGUGGACCCAGGCUCACCUCAGGGCACUUUGCCCAGAGGUGCUAUCCUGGUUAAAGAGGCUGUUCCCCCUCAGGGGGUUUUAGGCCCAGCAGCCCAGGGGAGUGUGUAUGGCAUUCUGCCAGGACACACUGUUGCUAUAAAGGGGGGUGUUGUUGCAGUAAAUAGCAAUAUGGGGCAAACAUGGGUUGGGCAGCCAGGGCCGGUGGGGUUAGGGACGGUCCCUGUUUUGGGAGUUGGUGUUGGGAAGCCGGGAAUGGGACAUGUGGUAACAGUGAAGCCCAAAGUCAGACAGGCUGGAAUUUGGCCAGCUGGGAUACAUCCAGUUGGGAUUAGGCAGGUCAGUGUAAACCAGUUCCAAGGAAUUCAGCCAUUGGAGCAAAUACCGGAUGCUGGUGAAAUUUUAAAAGCAUGUAGAAUAGAUUCACCAAAGGAAGACAAGAUCACUAGUGUUGUGAAUACCAUCAUUACUGCUGAAACAGCUAAAACUCAUCAGCCUUCAAAGGAAGAAGGUAUCAUGAAUAAUCUGUUUAUGGAUGACAGUGAUCUAGCUCAGGACAUGCAUGAUGAUACAGUUGAAGAAAAGCAAGAUGUGAUCACCUACACAUCAGAGCAUGUCAUAACAUUACAUGAAGAGGAGCCUAGCACAGAAGAAAAUGUGGGCAGACAGGAAGCAGCACCUUCGAAAGAUGAAGUAGAAGAAGGAAAACAGCUCAGCAUAGUUGAAGGUCCAAAGGACAGAAGUCCUGAAGUUGGGUUGGAACCUCAAUCAAACAAAGUCACAGAUUAUCAAAGUGACAGGGACCUGGAGGAAGAUGUCAGUCCAGCAGAGAAAGUUGUUUCAGACAUAGAAACAAAUCAGGUCAUUGUCAUCACUGAUAGUAUGCAGGCAGAAGAGAAUAUGGAGGGAAUGACUCCUGUCACCAAUGAUGAGGAGAAGAUUGUGCAGGAGAAACUGUUAGAGUCUGAAGUGUGUCUCAAUACUGCAGGUGAUGAGUUGUCUGCAUCUCCGCCAAAUGAGAUUUCAACAGACAUUGUGAAUGUGUGUGAAGAGAGGUCCAUCCCUAAACAAGAAGCAACGCCAGAACUAAGAGUGGAUCCUAGUGAAGGGAAUAAAAUAGACCAAGGUCAAGCAAAGACAGAUAUCUUGACUGCUGAAGCAAGACCAUCAUUGCAAACUGUGAGCCCUAUUUUAACUAACCAACAAGAAGAUCUGGAUGAUUCACAUUUGAUAUCAGAGGAAGUACAGGUAGAGGGCUCUAAUGUGCCAACUAUUUCAACAUUAGAGCAACAUCUGCAAACAGACAGUAGCCCUGGCCACAAAGAAGAAGAUGAUGAUCAACCUAAUAUAACAUCAGAAUCAGGAGUAGAUGAUGAUCAAGUCAAUGCAGAUGCAGACAGUAUUAGUGAUGGAGAGAGAGAAGAGAGUGUUGUGGAGGAUGCAGUGUCACAGCAGAGUCUCAGCACCUCUGGUGACCAAUCUGAAGACCUUGAAAGACAACAUGCUUUGAGUUCUCAAAUUGAGAACAUCUCAGAUGACUGCAUUACUGAUGAAGAGAAAGAUGAAGAUGCUGUGGAGGAAAUGGUGUUACAGGUACAGCACAAUAUAGGCUUCUUAGAUGACCAAGAUGAAGACAGUGCAUCAUGCACGAGUUCUCAAGUGGAUGAUACCUUAAUGUCAGAUGAUGACAUAAAUGUUCCAGAGAAAGAGGAGGAGGAGACUCUGGAGGAAGUGGCGUUAUCUAUACAGCAAAAUGUUAGCAUCACAGACAACCAAGCUGAAGAGAUUGAAGGUGAAGCUGUAUCAGAAAGAAAUUCUCCUUUGGAGGAUCAGCACAUUGCAGAUGGCAAUAUGGAUAUUGGAGAGAAUGAAGAGCACAUUGUGGAGGAAGUGACAUCACCGUUACAGCCACAUCUUAGUAUCUCUAAUGAUGAAGAGGUUAGAAGAGUAGAUGCAGGAAGUGUGAUUUACCAAGUGGAGGAUCAGUUUAUCCCAGAAGACAACAUAAGAGAGGGAGCAAAAGAGGAGGAUAUUGUGGAGGAUGCAGUGUCACAGCAGAGUCUCAGCACCUUUGGUGACCAAUAUGAAGACAUUGAAAGACAACAUGCUUUGAGUUCUCAAAUUGAGAACAUCUCUGGUGACUAUAUUACUGAUGAAGAGAAAGAUGAAGAUGCUGUGGAGGAAAUGGUGUUACAGGUACAGCACAAUAUAGGCUUCUUAGAUGACCAAGAUGAAGACAGUGCAGAAGAAGAUGCAUCAUGCACGAGUUCUCAAGUGGAUGAUACCUUAAUGUCAGAUGAUGACAUAAAUGUUCCAGAGAAAGAGGAGGAGGAGACUCUGGAGGAAGUGGCGUUAUCUAUACAGCAAAAUGUUAACAUCACAGACAACCAAGCUGAAGAGUUUGAAGGUGAAGCUGUAUCAGAAAGAAAUUCUCCUUCAGAGGAUCAGCACAUUGCAGAUGGCAAUAUGGAUAUUGGAGAGAAUGAAGAGCAUAUUGUGGAGGAACUGACAUCACCGUUACAGCCACAUCUUAGUAUCUCUAAUGAUGAAGAGGUUAGAAGAGUAGAUGCAGGAAGUGUGAUUUACCAAGUGGAGGAUCAGUUUAUCCCAGAAGACAACAUAAGAGAGGGAGCAAAAGAGGAGGAUAUUGUGGAGGAUGCAGUGUCACAGCAGAGUCUCAGCACCUUUGAUGACCAAUAUGAAGACAUUGAAAGACAACGUGCUUUGAGUUCUCAAAUUGAGAACAUCUCUGGUGACUGCAUUACUGAUGAAGAGAAAGAUGAAGAUGCUGUGGAGGAAAUGGUGUUACAGGUACAGCACAAUAUAGGCUUCUUAGAUGACCAAGAUGAAGACAGUGCAUCAUGCACGAGUUCUCAAGUGGAUGAUACCUUAAUGUCAGAUGAUGACAUAAAUGUUCCAGAGAAAGAGGAAGAUGAGACUCUGGAGGAAGUGGCGUUAUCUAUACAGCAAAAUGUUAGCAUCACAAACUACCAAGAUGAAGAGAUUGAAGGUGAAGCUGUAUCAGAAAGAAAUUCUCCUUUGGAGGAUCAACACACUGCAGAUGGCAAUAUGGAUAUUGGAGAUAAUGAAGAGCAUAUUGUUGAGGAAGUGACAUCACCAAUACAGCCACAUCUUAGCAUCUCCAAUGAUGAAGAGAUUGAAGGUAUAGCUGUAUCAGAAAGAAGUUCCCCAUUGCAGGAUCAGCUCUUUGCAGAUGACAAUAUGGAUAUUGGAAAGAAAGAGGGGCAUAUUGCGAAGGAAGUGACAUCACUGAUACAGCCACAUCUUAGCAUCUCCAACGAUGAAGAGAUUGGAAGAGUAGCUGCAGGAAGUGUGAUUUACCAAGUGGAGGAUCAGUUUAUCCCAGAAGACAACAUUAAAGAUGGAGCAAAAGAGGAGGAUAUUGUGGAGAAAGAGGUGUCACCUGAACAUCAAACAACUUUCAUCUCAGAUGAAGACAGUGAAGAAGAAGAUGCAUCCCACACAGUUUCUCAAGUGGAAGAGCUCAUCUCAAAUGGCAGUGUAAGUGAUGGAGAAAAAGAGGCGCCAUAUAUACAGCAAAAUAUUAGAAUUUCAGAUGACCAAGAUGAAGAGAGGGAAAGAGAAGAUGCAAAAGGCACAAGUUCUCACGUUGAGGAAGAAGGAAUUAAGUCUUUCCAGCAGUUAGAAGAGGAUUCUCAGUCUUUAGAGCCUGAAUGUUUAUCAGGGUUUAUCAGUCAACAUGCAGAGAUGAUUCAGGUUGCAGCAACGUCAACAGUGAUUGAAUCCCAAGAAAUGCCUUGGGAAGGUACUACACAUCAAGUAAGGCAAGGGAUAGACUCUUCCCAGAGAGGAGACAUAACUCUGGAAAUUCUUGAGAGACAAGACACUGUUGGUCAAGUGUUAGUGAGUGGUGCUAACAUGGAUGAUGCGGUCACAUCUUCAGAGGAACUGAGACCAUCCAGGGUGGCCACAGGACAGGUUUAUAUGUCCAGUGAAGAUAAAGGGGCCAGUAGUAGAAUAUUGGCAUCUGGACAAGUAGCUGAGGGAGAAACGACUCAGUCUGAUUUCCAGAACACCGAUGUAAUUCAAAUUCAACAGAGUGAAGGUGGAGAUCUCACUUUGGAAAAAGGCAAAGCAGAGGUCACUUCUGACCUAGGAAUUAGAGAGGGAUUAGAUAACAGAGCAACUAAUGCAUCUGGUCAGGUAUCACCAACAUCUAAUUUAGAGAUUAGAGUGGUGGACCAGGCCAUAUCUUCAGUGUUGGAAACGGAUCCAGGCUCAGCAGGGGCAGAAACUGCAUGUUUUACUGCAACGAGUGAGGUAGCUGGAGAGGCUGGUUACCUUGUUCACAAUGAGAGAGUGUGCAUGACUGGAGAAGCAGCAGGGGUAGGCCCAAAUACUGGGGGGAAAGCUGGUUCGAUAGAGGUUGUCUCAGAAGCUCCCAAUUACAUGCAUGGGGCUGAGGCAAGUGGUGGUGAAGUGAGUCCUGUACAGAUUCAGACAGUCAUCAGCCAAACUCCUCGCAGCAAAUCCAGAAAGAGUAAAAAGGACUCUAACAAGGAUCCUCAAAGUCCAAAACGCCCCUCUGGAAAGUGUAAACAACAGUGACUGCUUUCAGUUUGAAGCUGCAUUUACAACUGCACAGUAACCCAUGGCGUUAAAUGUGGAAGUAGUAUGCCCUAGUUGAAUUGGCAACUUUAUGUCAUAAUUAAAGUAAUGUCAUCAUUACUGGGAUUUUAUGAUAUUAAAUGUUGCAUAAAGGAUGGCUGUUUUACCCGGCAAAUAUUAUACACUCAAUAUGUGAGGCUUCUGUUUAGACAUCUUGUAAAGUGAUCACCAAAACUGAAGUGCUCGAUGUGUUGAAACAGCUCAGCUGAUGACAGUGAUUGACCAGUCAGGCCUUCACGUCAGCUGUUUGCUUUGUGUGGCAGUGUUGAGGCUGUGUGGGGCAGCUGUGUAGGCCCAGGCACCACCAGUGGUGUCGGGACAUCUUGACCUAGACAGAUUGAACCGCACCAACCGGCAAUGGUUUAAGUCAAUGCAUCCGGGUACUACUCUGUUGUAAUUCCCAGUGUUGAUAUGUGUGUUAUAGUUGUGUCACAUUAUCACCUUGGAUUGGCACAUCCCAGCUAUAUUAACCACUACAGCCCCCUACGACACUACACAUUAUAACUACUAAAUACGAUUGCAUUGUCACUUUGCAUAUUAAUUGUCACUUGCAAAAUAUAUAUUCAAGUUGAAUGACAAAAGACGCAAAUUAAAUUAUCAGUUGCAAAAGGUUUUCCCAUUUCAAUAAAGAGGC